AUGAUGGGGAAACUGCCCCUCGGGGCCGUUUCUCCUUAUGUGAAAAUGAGCUCAGGGGGCUGUACGGACCCCCUGAAAUUCUAUGCCACCAGCUACUGCACAGCCUAUGGUCGAGAGGACUUCCAGCCCCGCCUGGGCACCCACAGAGGUACAGGCUACACGAGCAAUUCGCAGUCCCUGGUCAACUUCUCGGACAAUCUAGCCAGCGGGGAGCACCCCCGAGACACUUACCAGACCCUGCACAGCCAGAACUACCGGCCCCUGGAGGUGCCUGAUGGCAAAUUCCCGCUGCCUCGGAGCUUGCACCAGACCAUGUCCGGCUUCUCCCGGGAGAAAGUCAGUUCCUCUAUCCCUUCCAAGGAGGUCAGGAAGGUCCAUUUUGACACUCAAGACUAUGGGCCUCAGAACAUCACGGGGCUGGAACCCAAGGAGGUGCCCCUGCUCCAUCAGCAGCAGGGCAAGGGCUCCCUGGAGUGGGAGAAUGCCCGGCACGGCCCACGCUUUAUGGUGUCUGAGUAUAAUUCCAAGUAUACUAAGGAGCCUCCGAGCCAGUCAGAUCUCCUGCAGAAGAAAUCCAUCGGCCCUAAGGAGGAAACUGGCUUCACCGAGGCGUCUACCAAGAACCCCAUUCUCUUCCAGUCACCAUCCCAGGCUCUCCCAGGGGACCCGGUCCUUGUCCCCAGCCACAGUGUCACCAAAUCGGACUUUGUCCCCAUAACCUACCCUCGUGGGAAUGAAUUCCUGCCUAUACUGUCCAGAGGGACCAAACGGGAGACGGGCUUCAGCAGACCCAGUGAGCGGAACGUGAACCCCAAAGUGCCGGUCCUAAUGACAGAGCCCAGCACUACGAACCUCUGGCAAUUCCAGUCGCCCCAGCGGAUGCAACAGACCAAUGUGCCCCUGCUCGGCCGGGAGGCCGUGGGCAACAAGGAGCCCUCAGGGUACACCUUGAAUAACCCCAGCUAUGUCCGGAGCCCCCAUGACCCUGCUGUGGAUAAUCACUACCUGACCACUUACAACCAAGGCUACUUUGAAAACAUACCCAAGGGGCUGGACCGGGAAGGCUGGACCCGAGGGGGCAUCCAGCCUCAGAAGCCUGGGGGCUUUGCUCUCAACCAGUCGCCCACCCGCUUGGAGAGCACCCCCAGCCCGGAGGAAAGCCUGAGGCGUCUGCACCCCCAUGUGGGAAGGACCCUGAUGGCCACAGACCCCUUCUACCGAUCCCUACCUCAUAGCAACAACUUCAAGGCUCCCAACUAAGCUUGUGACCUGGGUUUGCCAGCUCCCGAGGACAGGAUCCUGGCUACUGUCCCCCUUUCCCUGUGCCCACUGGCUAAAUCCCUAAGGGAAUAAAGAACAGUGGAUCCC